UCCGAGUUCUAACCUCGAGGGAACCCUUGUGUGGUUUUGUUUUAGGCUUUAGCUUCCCCAGACCCGGCUGAAACAUCUUUAUCUUGGUCUUCGUCUUCUCCUAGUCUUCGGUUCUUCGUUGUCACAGUACUCGCGCACACGCAGAAAUACAAAUUCAUUCGCUCGGAGAUUCGGCGGAGAUGGUGAGCCAAAGACAGAGACUAGCCCGCAAACGAUACAAGGAAGGUCACCCCGAGUUGUUUCCUAAACCGGAGCCAACACCGCCGAAGGACCCAAACAAGAAGAAGAAUAAAAAGAAGAGCAUGUUCAAGCGCAAAAAAACCGAUAAAGAACCCAGAGACCCAAACAAACCCUUUAAACGAGGCCUCGGAAAACACCCGUUAAGGAUCCCUGGGAUGAAGCCUGGUGAGAGCUGUUUUAUUUGCAAGGAAAAGGAUCAUAUCGCAAAACAAUGCCCUAAAAAAGCUGAAUGGGAAAAGAACAAGAUAUGCUUGCUUUGUAGGCGUCGUGGGCAUAGUCUCAAGAACUGUCCUAAUAAGGCAGAUGAGAGUGUGGAUAAGAAGAUGUGCUAUAACUGCGGAGAAAGUGGUCAUUCACUUGCUAAAUGUCCCUUACCUAUUAAAGAUGGGGGAGCAAAAUUUGCUAACUGCUUUAUCUGUAACCAACAAGGUCAUUUGAGCAAGAGCUGCCCUCAAAAUACUCAUGGGAUCUACCCAAAGGGUGGUGGUUGUAAAAUAUGCGGGGGUGUAACACAUUUGGCCAGAGAUUGUCCUAAUAAAAGCAACAAAGAUUCUGCUCAAGCUUUUAAAGAAGAACCUGGAAACGAAGGAAGACCGAAAGGACAGGUGACCAAGUUUGUGAGUGGGGAUGAGCUUGAUGAUGAUUUCAUGGUAAAAGCCACUCCUACUAGCAGUAAAAAGAAGAAGUCAGCUGACUCGAAAGUUAAUCAUACUACUGAUUCAAAAGUUGGAAAUGUAAAACCCAAAAAACAGGGGCCGAAAGUAGUGAACUUCUUUCGAUAAAAUCUUUCUUCUAAUAAAAUUUACUAGCUCAGUUUUGUGAACUCUGCCAUAGCGAUGAUAUUCAGUAUUGCAGAAACAAUUAAAUUUUUGUUCUCU